CAUCCGGGAAGCUCAUGGGGGAGCCAGGAGGGAGCUCAGACAGCAAACUGCAGCCUGCCGGGGGAUGGCUCGGCUCCUAGGGCUGGAGGGGAGGGUUUGAAGGAGGAGAGAGAGAAAGAAAGAAACAAACAAAAUAGACAAAAGCAAACCCGCUCCGGCCAGGCUGGGCGGGCUCGCCUGCACCUCGCCGAGCGGAGCCGCCGCCCCGGCAGCCUGCGCGGAGCUCCGCGGGAGCGGCGGCCCCGCCGCGCUCCGACCCGCCCCGGUGAGUCCCGUCCGGGGCUGCGCGGACCCCGAGCGCUCGGGGCGGGGGGGGGACGUCCCGCUGCCCCGCGGGAAGGGCUCUGCCCGUGUUUGCCGCGGCGGGUUUGGGGAGCAGCGCCGCAGGACUGGGUGCGGCGGGCCCGGUGUCUGCCUUCAACAGGUCGCGCUGCUGAGACUAUCGCCGCUUUCUGUUCGCGGAGAAACUUUGGCGUUUUGUGCUGGCUUCGUGUGUGAGCGGCUCGACUCGACUUCCUGGCUGUGCUUCAGUGGUGGGUGACUGAAUACAGUCUUCUCUGCAUCACAGUGAUAGUAGUAAUGUGAAGUUUAAUGAGAAUCUGCAAAGUUGUGUAGCAGGGAAGGAACUGCCAUGCCCAUGGGAAUCUUCCGAGUGUGCCUAGUGGUGAUUACAGCUAUUGUCAACCAACCGCUCCUCUUCCCUGAAGAGAAUGUCACUGUCCCUGAGAGUACGGAAGAAAUCAUCCAGAAGAUGAAGGAGCGGGAGGAGAGCCUUCGGCUGGAGCUGUUGCGCUUGGAACAGGAACUCACAGACCAGGAAGCCGCACAGAAGGCUCUGGAAAAGGCUGCAGAGGUAGUGGAGGAAAGCAAAGAGGAAAAGGUCCGAUGGGAUAUGUGGACUGCCCUUUCCAUGGUCAUCUUUCUGCUGAUUGAGCUCUGGAGGCAGGAUUUCCAGGAAGGGAAUUGGCAGGACACAGGAGGGGAAGAGGAUGACAUGGCUGUGCUGGGGAAAGCAUUUAAAGGAGUGGUCUUCCCUGACAAGGCUGUCUUGGCCAGCUUCUAUGAGAAGCGCAUCCUGGGUACCACUGGAGACAUGGCCAGGAUGCGGGAGAUGGUGGAAGGCUUUGCGGAUGACCUGCUGGAGGCCUUGAGGAGUGUUUGUAACCGGGAUGCUGACAUGGAAGUGGAGGACUGCAUGGGUGUGGGGAGCAUGUACGAGAAUUGGAGAGUGCGUAAACCUUUUGUCUGUGAUCUGAUCGUGCCCUUUGCCCCCCCAGAGCCAUACUGUUUCCGGUCCCAGACCUGGUGCUCUGGUGACUCUUUUCCCCCAGAUGAACAAGGUUAUGGAACUAUCAAGGUAUGCAGGGCAGAUGAGGAUGUGACAGGUUGCAUCUGUGACAAGACUAAAUUAGGGGAAGAUAUGCUGUGCCUCCUCCAUAGCCAAGCCAGUACUACCAGGCCCAGCAGUGAGAUGGAAGACCUCCUGUGCUUCAAAAAUACUCAAUAUCUGGAUGCUGACCAAGUUAUGAAGUGGUUCCAGAUUGCAGUUACCAAGGCCUGGAACAGAAUCUCCCACAAAUAUGAGUUUGACCUUUCCUUCAGCCUCCUGGACUCACCAGGAGCCCUGAAGAUUAAAUUUAGGUCAGGGAAAUCAAUUGCCUUCAACCUCACCCCUGUGGUGCAGUACGAGAACUCUGAUGUUUACUUCAUCUCUCAUUUCCCUCGGAGCAGCCUGGCAGGAGAUGUCCCCUCCAGCACUCACUGGUUUCUCACCUUCGCAGUGUAUGAGAGGAGGUUCAUCCAGCUGGUCUCCAAAACGCUGCCUGCUAAUGCAUGCCAUGUUAGCUGCCUUCAGAUCCUCUCCUUUCUCCAUGGGAAGCAGUGCAGCCUCACAGGUCCAAGCGGGCUCACCAACUACCACCUGAAGACAGUGAUGAUGCAUCUCCUACAGGCACGUGCCGGUCAGGACUGGGCCCCAGAAAAGUUGGAGGCCCGUUUACAGGACAUGCUGAAACUCCUGGAGAAAUGUUUGCAUGAGAAGAAGCUCUAUCACUUCUUCAUUGGCAAUGGAAGGGUACCAGCAGAGCUGGGCUUCCCCAUCAUAUUCCAGAGGGCUGAGCCUCUCAACCUUUUCCGUCCCUUUGUGCUACGGAGGGACAUUUACAGAAAGACAGUGGACACGUUUCACGAGAUGCUCAGGAACAUGUCUGCACUGAUAAAUGAGUACACAGUGCACAUUCCCCUUGCACACACCAAUGGGAUCCAUAAGGAAUCCCUUUAACCAAAGCCAGCAGGGAGAGACUUGUUCCUCUAAGCACAAGUCCAGAGGGCAGCUUUCUGAAGUGUCCUGGAAUCAACUGACUUAACCAGUACAGCUUCUUGUCUGCAGCUGAACUGGUCCUGGGCCAUGGUUUCUGCAGUAAGGGCUAGGGCGAGGAUAGGGAGAAACUGGAAGAUGUGGUAUUAAAGUAAGUUUCUGCUCCACCAGUGUGCUGGCUCGUUUUCUGCAGCUAAGAAUAUAUUUUCCUUUUGUGCCUCAGUCACGCUACAGUGGUGGUGAGCAACAAAUAUGACUAAUUUAUUCAGAUGCCUGCAAUGCAAAUGGUGGUGGUGGCCAAAUACUUAAUUUCCUUUGGGAAAUAUCUUUGGGGAGAUAAGACGAGGGUGGAGGAGUCAGACACAGGAUCUUGGGAUUGCAGGAGCCCGUCUGCUUGCAGACAGCAGGAGCUCUGCAACUGAUGGGAAGCACAACGUAAGAUUUGGUGAUGAUGUGGGGAGGAGGGUCAUGCACAAGGUCUGAACUGGAUGGAGAUCCUUAAAACAACCACAGCUCUUUAAUUUAAAGGUAAUUGUACUUAUUUAAAAAAAGCCUUUGUGCUAAGACUUGCAGCAAUAGAUGAAAUAGUUAAGUAGACUAAAUAGUCCUUCAAAGACACCCCUGCACCCUGCACAUUUCUUUUCCCUGGGAAGGAUGUAGCAGAGCAGACAGUACGGUCUAUGUCUUCAGACCAUUUCAUUCAAGACUUCCCAUUUUCUUCAUGGUAAUGUGGCUAGUGGGUUAUAUUCCUGGCCACUGUCCACGGAUAAAUGGACAGGAACCUUUUUAACCUUAGAUAAAAGAAAAACAAUUAUUAGGUUAUGGCAUUUUUGUUUCUUUGUUUCUUUCCUUACAUUGGGGCAGCAAGGCUGAGAACAGCCAAGAGAGAAAGGACUGCUACAGGUUUUGCUUCUAUAAAGAAGCAGUUCUCCAAAAUUAUCCUGUAAUGAAGUCAAUCUCAGCAGUCUGGUAGCAGGAGGGAACAAUCCCUCCAAAUGAGAGUGUGACUUUCACAGCAUGGUUUUAAUGAGGCCAAGGCCAGCACAACAGCUAUGGAGGAGGGGAUGAAAGAUAGACUGCUGCUCUCAUGAGGCACCAAGGAGCUGCUGCAAGCAGACCAUAAUUUGCUGAUCUGGGAGUCUGAUGGCAAAUGACAGCCUCUGCAGUCUUUCAAUCCAGGGGAGAAUCUCAAGGAAUGUGCUAAAAAAAUACAGUGCAUAAAUGGAGGUGCCUGAACUCCCUCAGGAAGCAGCAUGUUAGUGCCAUGCCAGUGGGCUGCCCAGCCCUGGCAAGGUGGCUUUGUUGGAGGAGAAGGCUCAGUAGCUCCUUACCCUCCUUCAUUUGCUUCAUGCAGAAUCCAAGCUAGGGCCUCAGUGCAGAUCUGCUUUGUGCUGGUCCCAGAAGCCUGGCCUCCAGUGCUAAGGGCCCUUUCCUACCAUUUUCUUACACUGGGAUUUCCUACAAUGUUUUAUAUUAGGGCUUCUCUGAGUCCCAUUUACAAAAGGGUCAUUGUUCUGGGUGGUGAGAUUCAUCAGGGAUAUUACCAUGACUACACAGAUCCCUUUUUAUCAAUCUUCUCCAUCACAUAAAUCAGAGAGAAGAUUUAAUCCUAUAUCACUACUAGGGACAACAUACACAUAAGGCUUAUUCUCCAGCCUGUUGAUAAGCAAUGGUAAAAAACACUUUACCACUGCCUUGGUAUCUGCUCUUGUCUGUCCCUCCACCACUGAGGGACUUUGCAUGCACAAAAGCAGAGAAAGCUGUGACUCCCAUUUCCACAUCUGGUUUAUAAGAAAGCACAUGUGGGGACAGGGAACUCUUUGCUCAAGUUGCUGCUCACCUUGGCUUUUAUCAUCAUAGCUACGGGGUGGUUAAGUAGUAUUUCUGAGAAGAAAGUAAGGGCUAAGAAGCCAAAUGGCAGAGAAAAGGUGGGUAAUGCCAGUAGGAAGAAGUCUUGGAUCAUCAGUGCUUGCUUCACACCCUUUGUGACGAGUGCCUGGGAGACUGCCAGGACUGGCAGAGCAACAGGGCAGGACUAAUUGCAAAUGCUAAUGAGUGCUGUAAGCCCCUGGCUUUCAUUAGCAAAACCAAGCAAGCCUUCCACAAUAGGAAAGAGGAGCAAUCUCAGGGGACACUGCAAGCAGGUAGUGACAAGCAGAGGUACAGGGAGGGUGAGUGUGUACUGGAGCCUGGAGGCUACAUUGGAAGUUGUAAGUUGUUUGCAAACCCAAGCAAUUUGCCAUUUUUACCUGCCCAGAUUUACUGCACAGUGCCUGUAGCAGAUCCAGUUUUGCAUGGGCAGGCAGGUCAUGCUGAAGCAGUUGUGGUCAGAGUUGCUUCUAAAUGUAUUCCUAGCCCAGCCAGAGAGAAAGAAAAACUUCUCUGAUGUUUCCUGUCAGGAGUCUAAAUUUAGCCUGUCCAAAGAACAGAAACAAAUUUGCGACCCAAGUCUCUAAGGAAAUGACAUUCAGGGUUGAAAAAUAACUUAUAUAAGGUUGAGCAGGGGGAGGAUGAGAAGAAAAGGCUGUUGAACAGAGUAAGGUAACUCCCCUGUUAAAAUGUCAGAACGCCAGUAAUGCCAGUCCUACAACCUUGUAAGCAUGUCUAAACUCAUCUUUACAGAGCUCCAAGCACUGCUGCUCAGACUCAAAGGAAACCUAAACUGAUAAGUGGAUUGAAUCUUUUGGGGUUUUCUGUUUUCUGCAUUUGUGUGCCUGUUCUCUCUUAAGCCCAAACUGACCUUGAAGUGUUCCCAUGGGGUUUUGUUGAACCCAAACUGGAGCUGAACCAAGAAAUUUAUGGAUUUGAUUCCCCUGAAAGCAAAUUGCUUGGCUUAAUUUUCCUACAUGGAAUGUGUUCCUUUUGCCCUGAGCACCUUUUAAGAGAUACGUUCUGUAAAUUUAGGCAAUAAGGGAACCCACUCACACCUAUCCAGGGGCAGAAGUGUUCUGUGAUCACUAAGCCUCAGGGCAGAGAUCUUUGUAAGCCAUGUACCAGUGAACAUACCAGAGGUAUAUACUUGUCCCACCAGAGGAGAUGUAGAUACACAGUAUUUCUCUGAAUCAGACCUCUGUAGUAGUACAAGGAGGCCAUGAUGUGAAACACAUCAUUCCUUGGACCACCUUUUCUCUCCUGCAUUAGAUCUUUGCCCACCAAGUACUAGUCCUGUCAGUGAAAGGCCACACUCACAUUUAAUAAAAAAGAUUUAGAUGAUAGUUCAGUUCCAACAGCUGCCAGCCAGUAAAAAUGUCUGAAGACAUUUUAGUGGUGCCCAUGUUUAGUUCUGCCUUGAUUGAAGCCUGGCUGGGCAUUCUUAGGAAGUAACUUAAAGGGUGAGGGUGGGGUUUUGUGGUUUAAAAUGAAUAAAGUUAUUUUAAAAGAAAACAUAAGUAAUAAACACAGAACAUCCCUUUGGUAAUGCCUGGAUCUACAUGAGAGAGCCUAAGGAUGAGUAAGCUUUCUGUCCCAACCCCUUUCUUGCAUUUCAGUACUGGUCUUGCUGUUCACUAACCAGGUGAAUUUAAUAGAUGAACUGUUGCCUCCUGCUGGUUUCCAGCUACUCCCUCCAUCCUCAACUUGUGGUUUUAAUAUUUUAUUACAGGCUGUAUCAAAACAAUGGAAUUAGUGGUGUCUUGAUAGCAGCCGCUGAUGUACACCACCACCUCAGGAGCCAUCUGCCUUUAGAAAGUGUCUUAGUCUAAGGUUAUUAUUGCUGUUCAGGAGCUAUGUCUUCUAAGGGGAGUUCUUGGGAGUUCACUCUUUAGUAUGUGGCAACCACAGAGUAUGGCUUCUCUCUCUGUAGGUUGCUGUGUAUACAGGUCUUCUGGGGGUAUAAAGAUGUAUUUCAGGAAAGGGAUCCAAAACUUUAUCCAGUAUUCAAGCAGCAGGGUUUGGUCCUUGUUCACCAGAUGUUUUUAAUGCAAAGCCUUUGCAACAUUUUCUCUGUGGUGAAAAAAGGAGACCUUACUGACCUUUAGCAGCUCAUCUGCUGGUCAUUGAGGGGUUAGUUCUCACAGAAUCCUACAUAAAUAGCUUUAUUUAUUACUUGUCUGGGGGUUUGUGUGUAACAUGUUAGCUCAGAAGCAAAACUGUAGUAUGAAUAUCAACCUUGGCCAUGAAGCCAAGAUGGGCAAUAAAUAAGGUCUUCCUUGAUUGACAAUGCUGUACUGAAACCGCUGCUUCUAUAGCAGGACACUGUUGAAUUUGUAUAGAUCUUCUCAUGCAGCUUGAUUUAUAAUAAAGAAAGUCCUGUACAAAAUCUAAAGAA